ACGGGUGGCCUGAAACCUGUGGUACUGCGGGCUAGAUACAUCUCGCUUCAUAGCCCCACCCCACAUUACCCUAAAGCAGGAAGUACACGAUCAUCAAUCAAAAGCACAUGCAGCUAAAACAGGACGACUAAAACAAAUCAUAGCUUCAGGUUUACACCGAUGUCGACUGACUGAUGCGUUUCUGAGACGAAACCGACGUCGACACAUCGCGCAGUGCACGCGUUUCAACAGACAGGAGCAUGGGGCAGCACCUUGGAAAACGUGACCCAUUGUCUGUCUCACAGGGCUCUUCAACAGAAUCAUCUAAACACAUAGCCGAGUCACCCGAUGAGGUGUUUGGCCUGGGCGAGGCCGACAUGAACCAGAACAAUGACCGCUCCGGCAAGAGUCCGCCGGUGACUGACUCCACGACCGCCGUAGUACAUCAGAGCAGCUGGAACCAGCCGAACGCAGCUGACCCUAAUGCCUCAGAGCCCCGCCCACACUUGGUCCGCCUCUUCUCUCGGGAUGCUCCGGGCCGCGAGGACAACACCUUCAAAGGCCGCCCAUCGGAGUCCGACGAGCUGCAGACCAUCCAGGAGCACGGCGGAGCGGGCUCAGAGUGCGGUUCCGAGUGUGCCGAGCAGGACGCCGAAACGCUCGAUAUGGCAUCCGCAAGCUCCUCGCAGUCCACGUUCAGGUUGGGUCGCAGUAAGAAGAACCCGACUGUUAUGGAUCAGAUUGGGAAGUUUUUCGGAGGGGACAAGAAGAGGAAGGGAAAGGGGUCUUUCCGGGGCGCUCUGUCUGCGUCCCCUCAGAGAUCAAGCGCAUCGCCUCGCCGCCGCGCUAAUGAGAACGCUGUCGUACACUUUUUCAGAAACAUCGUUUCUCCUUCCACCCCGAAAUCUAAGGGUGAUCAGAAGUCACACAGUUCUGUUAAAGGUCAAAAAGGCCGCGGAGACAGUCAAGGUACCUUAACCAGGAUCUUCAAAAGGGGAGGAAGCCAGUCUGCCUCAUCCAAGCGUUGAAAUCCCAGCACGUUGCUGAAAACUGAGAACAAGGAGAUGAUGAGAUUUGUCUAAUUCCGUAACUGACUCAAAAAGGCUUUGCAUUGAUUGAUAUGUGACAAUACAAUCUGUGUUUUGAUUCGUUCUUGUCAACUAACUCUGUUGUGUGUAACCUAUGACAGGUCGCUGUCAGAAACGGCUUUAGUCUGGUUAGGUCAACAGCAGUAUUUGUCUAACAGAACUCUUUUGUCUCGUCUCUGUGGUGUACACAAGUGUAGCUGGUACCUCUCUUAUGUCUAUGGCUGACAUGCUUUAUCUGUGUUAUCUGCUCAUGUAAACGGUGACGGAGUUUGGCAGGCUGUGCAUCACACAUAUCACACGUGACCCGCAGCCACGACCGUGUGUUAACAAGCCUAUUAACAAGAAUGAGUCUGAAGAUUUCUUUCUGAUUUAGUAAUAGCCGACAAUACGUUCUUAUUACACCAGGAUUUGUUGUGUGUUAAAUAAUAGCCUUGGUGGGUGUGUGCUGGGCUUGUCAUUUCAUCAGAAAACAUACGGCAUACAAACAAAACGUGUUGUAUACAAACUAAAAAUAAAGUUUUAUAUGUUAUAUGUUGAUGACAAUUAAAAGUGCCAAACCAA